UUGGCCUCGCGCCUACUUGGGCGUGUCCCUAUAUUUAAAAUUAAGGAAGGAAAAUUGUAUAAAAUUGUUAUUUUUGUUGAUAAAUUGGUUGACAAUAAAGGACAGACAAUUAUAAAUGUUGGAAAUUAUACUGAUUUUUGGCUUGAUUAUUUGUGGUUGAACGAAGCUAUAAGAGGGAAUUCUGAAAAUAUUCAAAAAAUUGCAAAGGCUUUAGAUGCUCAAUUGGAUGAUGAAAAUAAUUAUUAUUUAAAUGGAAAAUGUACUGAAAUUAUAUCUGAUGGGGAAACAACGAUUGGUUUAAAAUUUAAAAAUUCCAAUAUGGCACUUAAUGUUUCUGGAGGAGAUAUGGGAGAUUUUAGUUAUAAAAAUAAAUGUAAACUUGGACUGAAAACUGAUGAGGAAAUUCAAUUAAAAUUUUCAUUAAAAAUUUUGAAUAAUUAUUGUGUUUUGUUUGAUACUUUAUUGAAACAAAUAGCUUUUGCACCUAAAGUGGUUAAGCCGAAGGAUAUGGAGAGGAUUACUUGUAAUUAAAGAAAAGAGGAAAUUUUAAAAGAGAUUUAAUUUUGAUGUUUAAAUUAACUGUUUAAAUUAACAAAAUGUUCAAUUUGAGCCAUUUUCUAAAUUCUUACAUUCAGGAAUUGUAUUUUUUUAUUGCUUCUACUUACCUUCUGUUUUCGCAAAAUUUCAUUCUUUAUCCUCUGUUCGACUUCUGCUUUCGCUUUUUAUUUUGCUUUGCUUACC